GGGGGGGGGGGGGGGCCUGGGUGACUCAGUCGGUUGAGCAUCCGACUCUUGGUUUCGGCUCAGGUCAUGAUCUCACAGGUUCGUGAGUUCGAGCCCUGCAUCAGGCUCUGUGCUGACAGGGACAGCGUGGAGCCAGCUUGGGAUACUCCCUCUUUCUCUCUCUCUGCCCCUCCCCUGCUCGCUCUCUCUGUCUCUCUCAGAAUAAAGAAAGUUAACAAACAACAACAAAAAAAGGUCCGGUAUUGGCUCACCCACCUGGCCUCCAGGCGUAAGUCUCCAGCAAAACAUAAGCAGGUUCAAGCGAUCUCCAGAAAGAUACGGGCUUCGAGAGUUGCCUCUGAUGCUGGUUUCUGGAAUUAAAAAGUUAUGCACAUACUGGGAGAGGGGGUUGGGAGGUGUGUCUGAUUUGGGCGCUGCCCAGCGUGUCGGUGUUCUCCACGCCGGGAGUCGGGGUGUUUCUCGGUUUAGCGUUCAGUGUUUCUUCCACCGGGAAGCAGUUGGCGUUGGAUCCUCAGCAGGUGGCAUUGAUAAAGCUCGGGAUGCAACAUUGUCACCUCCUCUGCACACACAGGGUAUUGUAGCAGGACUGUAACAGGGCCCUGGGCUCGAUCGGAGAAACUCCGGGUGCCUCCUGCUUCCCAGGAGCUCUUAAUCAGGCUGUGGCACGGAACAGAUGGAUAAACCGUUACAGUCCCCAAUCUGCAUUUAUUUGCACCUCGUUGUUUAACACGUUCUUACUCCUUUUCCUCAUAUACGUUUUGAGCUCUUACUGAGUACCAGGCACCGUGCUGUCCCAUUGGAGCCUCCCAACAGCCCAUUUUAUGGACACCGGCAACCAGAACUAGCAUUUUGGGGCGCAUGUAUAUAGUGUGAGGCGCAAUGUGAAGCAUUUUGUGGACGUUACCUCUUGCAGUCAUCACCACUUCCGUCCCCGUUUUAGAGACGAAGGAACCAAUUCAGUUAGCGAUCCACAAUCCCUUUUCUGAAACUCUGGGGCCAGGAGAAAAUAAUGAAUGUCAAAGGAAAAGUGAUUCUGUCAAUGCUGGUUGUCUCGACUGUAAUUGUUGUGUUUUGGGAAUAUAUCAACAGCCCCGAAGGCUCUUUCUUGUGGAUAUAUCACUCAAAAAACCCAGAGGUGGGUGAUAGCAGCACUCAGAAGGGCUGGUGGUUUCCAAGCUGGUUUAACAAUAGGACCCACAGUUACCCAGAAGAGGAAGACGUAGACAAGGGAGAUGAACAAAGAAAGGAAAACAGCGAAGAACUUCAGCUGUCAGACUGGUUUAAUCCACAGAAACGUCCCGAUGUUGUGACGGUGACCGAAUGGAAGGCGCCGGUCGUGUGGGAAGGCACUUACAACAAAGCCAUCUUAGAAAAUUAUUACGCCAGACAGAAAAUUACCGUGGGUUUAACGGUCUUUGCUGUCGGAAGAUACAUUGAGCAUUAUUUGGAGGAGUUCUUAAUAUCUGCUAAUAGGUACUUCAUGGUUGGCCACAAAGUCAUAUUUUACAUCAUGGUGGACGAUGUCUCCAAGAUGCCCUUGAUAGAGCUGGGUCCUCUGCGUUCCUUCAAAGUGUUUGAGAUCAAGCCUGAGAAGAGGUGGCAGGACGUCAGCAUGAUGCGCAUGAAGAUCAUUGGGGAGCACAUUGUGGCCCACAUCCAGCAUGAGGUGGACUUCCUCUUCUGCAUGGACGUGGACCAGGUCUUCCAAGAUAGCUUUGGAGUGGAGACCCUGGGCCAGUCGGUGGCUCAGCUACAGGCCUGGUGGUACAAGGCAGAUCCUGACGAGUUUACCUAUGAGAGGCGGAAGGAAUCCGCAGCAUACAUUCCGUUCGGCGAGGGAGAUUUUUAUUACCACGCUGCCAUUUUUGGAGGAACGCCCACUCAGGUCCUAAACAUCACCCAGGAGUGCUUCAAGGGAAUUCUCCAGGACAAGAAAAAUGACAUAGAAGCCGAGUGGCAUGAUGAAAGCCACCUAAAUAAGUAUUUCCUUCUCAACAAACCCACUAAAAUUUUAUCCCCAGAAUAUUGUUGGGAUUAUCAUAUAGGCUUGCCUUCAGAUAUUAAGAUUGUCAAGAUAUCUUGGCAGACGAAAGAGUAUAAUUUGGUUAGAAAUAAUGUCUGAUUUUAAAUUGUGCCGGUAGGUUUCUGAAUUUGAGAGAGUAGUAUUCUGGCUACUUCCUCAGAAAAGUAACACUUAAUUUUAACUUUUAAACAAUACUAACAAAACGCCCACUUCUCUUCUUCCUGGUAACUUUGAACCUUGCAUUAUGGGAGGAUGAAACCUACAGGAAUCAGAUGUAAAUUCCCAGUGAUUUCUGAUCUCUUCUGGGUUUGGGGGAAAUACUCACUGGACCAACCAAAUACUCAACUGGACCAAACGCUCACCAAAAAAUUGACACAGGCAAAGAAAAAGCCAGAAACACUCUACAUGUGCCAGAUAAUGUACUGGAGAAAAGGGUGUUAAGGGAAGUGUUUGGCAGCAAGAUACGAUUGUGGGGGGAGGGGGUCAUCCCCUUGACUUCAGUGUCUCUGCUGAGUCCCAAGCAUCAUCGAGUUGCUUGGCGACAGAAGAACCCUGAGUAAGGGCACGGUCCACCUUGGCAAUCCUCACAUGGUUUCACUGGCAGACUGCUUCAGGCCAUUUGCCACCCAUGUUCUUUUCCCAUCGGGAAAAUGUUGUUUGGCUCCCGUGCAGAAUCUUCCUGGUGGAGAUUCCCAAGGGAGAUCAUGGUGGCGCGUGUUUGGAGUCACGGGGAAUCUGAAUGAGCCAGUGGUUGCUCAGCAUGGAGUGAAAACAGACUCAGAGUUGGGUUUGCCAUGGAAAAGCAAAGAGAGUGGAAAAAGAGGAGGCUGAUAUCUGUGGGCCACCUCGGAGGGGCCCAGGGCACGGGGCUGGUCCUUAAACACAGCAUGGAUCCGGGCGCUGAGUGGGGGGCAGGGUGGGUAGUCUCUGGCUUCCUCAGACCCGCGACGACCAGCACUGCGGGGACUCGAGUGGAGGAUGUUUCCUGUUUUGUCCAAGGUGCAUUCAGUCCGCCAGACUCCGGUCUUCAGUUCCUUGGCCGGAGAAGUGGACGGUGUCAGAGAAGGCAACGGCCCGCAGUGGACUGAAGAGGCUUGCAAGGAGUUACGUUUCCCAAACCCGGGCUUCAUGACGAUAAGUCAUCAACAUGCCCUGCUGCCACCUGCUCUAACCCUCAGGGUCCCCGCAGCCCGUCACGCCCCAACCUGGAGGGCCGACAUCAAGGAGUUUGGAAAGCCCUCGGGUCAAGUAACUUUUCAUUUUCCCCUGCCCUGUCAGCACUACUGAAGUGUGACAACCAGAUACGUUUAAUAAAAUGGCUAAUUGAUUUUAUAUCGAAAGCAGAGGGGAUGGCGGUGAGAGACCCAGUCCUCAUGAAUGAACAGCUUAACAUACAAUUCCCUUCUCUAAGAGAAGCUAUGGAAUCCUACGCGUUACUUCAAGUUGAGCAAUUCGAUGUACAGGAGUUAGGAGGCAGCAUUUACAUAUGCAGGUGUAUUUAUAGUUUGCUCGUGUUCCAGUUUUGGUCAUUUGUUUCCACUUUUAAGUGAUUUAUUUGAAGAGCCACCGCACUUGGUGUUCAGCACAAUGGGCUUCUUUGAUACAGUGAAACCUACAUUUUUUUCUACCAUGUCACUGUGCCUCCUACUCUUCAAUCCGUGCCAGAAAAUCUCACAACCCAGCAAAAUGAAGCAAAACCAACAACGACAACAACAACAAAAAUUCUGAAGA